CUCCGCUAUCAAUCGAAAGAUUUUUCUCUCUAGGAUUCUUCCAACAAGAAAGAACUAAUGCAUCUCCAGCUUCUGCUCCAUCGAAUCUCUUAUCGGAUCCGCUGCUUCCACGCCGCCGCAACAUCCGACGAACUCAUCUCGAUUAUCGAGGAAGCCAAUCCGUUGGAGCCGGAGCUGGACGCCAUGGUCCCUUUCCUCUCCCCGCCGCUGUCGCUUCCGUCAUCCAACAGACGCCCAAUCCGCAGCUGGCGCCGGCGUCGGAAGAAAGAAGAACCGAGAGGAGGACUGGCAACCCCGGCGGAGGAAGAAAGAAGGAACGGAGGGGGAUGGAGGCCUCAAUCGUAGCCGCCAGAUACAUCGCGGUUCUAAUCUAGCUGUUUGCCUGAGAUUAGAGGAAGGUCGACGCCUCUACCGUCAGAGUCGACAGCAGGGGUGUUCCUGCCGGUGAUGGAGGCGAGCGUAUCGGAGGAGAUGCAGUCGUUGGGGUAUGGUAUCGGAGGAGAUCGAGAGAGACAGGUAGGGAUUGAAAAUUUUAGUUCUCAAUUGUAAUUUAUUAAUUUCUGUUAGUUUUCCCUUUUUACCCCUGAUGUUACUAUAACAACACAAGGGUCGAGGAGUGUUGUUAUACUAUCCGGGUCCCUUGACAUGAGUACCUAAUAAGCUCAUGAGAUCCGA